CCCCGCUCGGCUCGGCCCGGCUCUGCCCGGCUCGGCUCGGCUCGGCUCGGCGACUGAAGGUUUCUUUGAAGCUUAACCUUCAAGAUGAAGUUCUUACUAGCAGUUUUCUUUUUGGUCUCGUUCUCCUUAUGGAUGGAAGAAGUCUAUUCCAAAGAGAAGUCUUCAAAGAAAGGAAAGGGGAAAAAGAAGCAAUACCUUUGCCCAUCCCAGCAAUCAGCUGAAGACCUUGCAAGGGUACCUGCUAAUUCUACAAGCAAUAUCUUGAAUAGGCUAUUGCUCAGUUAUGACCCCAGGAUAAGACCAAAUUUCAAAGGAAUUCCAGUCGAUGUUGCAGUAAACAUCUUCAUUAACAGCUUUGGGUCAAUUCAAGAGACAACCAUGGAUUAUAGAGUCAACAUUUUUUUAAGACAGAAGUGGAAUGACCCUAGACUCAAACUGCCCAAUGAUUGGAGGGGUUCAGACACACUGACAGUGGACCCAACGAUGUUUAAGUGUCUUUGGAAGCCAGACUUGUUCUUUGCAAAUGAAAAAAAUGCUAACUUCCAUGAUGUCACUCAAGAAAAUAUCCUUCUCUUUAUAUUUCGGGAUGGAGAUGUACUAGUCAGCAUGAGAUUGUCUAUUACUCUGUCAUGCCCUUUGGACUUGACCUUGUUUCCUAUGGAUACACAGCGCUGCAAGAUGCAAUUGGAAAGCUUUGGUUACACGACUGAUGACUUACGUUUCAUCUGGCAGUCUGGAGAUCCUGUACAGUUAGAAAAAAUUGCUCUGCCUCAGUUUGAUAUUAAAAAGGAGGAUAUUGAAUAUGGUAACUGUACCAAGUAUUAUAAAGGCACAGGUUAUUACACUUGUGUAGAAGUAAUCUUCACUUUAAGAAGACAAGUUGGAUUUUACAUGAUGGGUGUUUAUGCUCCUACACUGCUAAUUGUUGUUCUGUCCUGGCUAUCAUUUUGGAUCAAUCCUGAUGCAAGUGCUGCAAGAGUCCCACUGGGUAUUUUCUCAGUGCUCAGCUUGGCAUCUGAAUGUACUACUCUUGCUGCUGAACUUCCCAAAGUGUCUUAUGUGAAGGCCUUAGAUGUCUGGCUGAUUGUUUGCCUUCUCUUUGGGUUUGCAUCACUGGUUGAGUAUGCGGUGGUUCAGGUAAUGCUAAACAAUCCCAAAAGAAUUGAAGCUGAAAAAGCCAAGAUUGCCAAGGCAGAGCAAGCUGAAGGGAAAGGUGGAAACGCUGCCAAAAAGAACACUGUGAACGGCACGGGGACUCCUGUCCACAUCAGCACUUUACAGGUUGGUGAGACCAGAUGCAAAAAAGUUUGCACUUCGAAAUCUGAUCUGAGAUCCAACGAUUUCAGCAUUGUUGGAAGCUUGCCAAGAGAUUUUGAAUUAUCAAAUUAUGACUGUUAUGGGAAGCCCAUUGAAGUCAACAAUGGGCUUGGGAAAUCUCAAGCCAAGAACAACAAGAAGCCUCCUCCUCCCAAGCCUGUCAUUCCAUCAGCAGCAAAGAGAAUUGAUCUUUAUGCAAGAGCACUGUUUCCUUUUUGCUUCUUGUUCUUCAAUGUCAUAUACUGGUCCAUAUAUUUAUGAUAAAUCUUUUAUUUAUUUUUUCAUGUGUAAAAUAUAUCUCAUUUCAUUACCCCUUCCCAGUCAUGAAGGCCACUGUGUGAAAUUUGCAUUUGCAAAGCAAUAUGUUGCAUUUUGAUGCCAUGUGAUUGUACUGAAAAUAUGGCAUCUGAAAUCUGAAUGAAAGCAUGACACUGCAAUGUCUGUGCUCUUACCAACGUUGUAUAUAAAUGUACAGCAUACAUCCUGCUUUAGGAAUAUAUGAAAGAUAAUGCAUACGACAUUAUAAAGCUGAAUAACUCUCUUCAGUUAUUAGUAACACACAGAGAUUUAAAGUGUUUCUGACAAUGACACUGAUGUGCACGUUAAGUAUUAUUAAAACCAGUAUUCUAGUAUAUGUAGUAUUCAACAGCUUUUCUGCUGACUUUCAGAGAAAAAAAAAUCUUGCUCUUGUAUAAUUUUAGACAGUGCUGUUGAAGGAAAAGCUAAGUUGUGAAAUAUUAUUUAGUCCUUGUAAGUGAGGGCAGCAUUGAUUAAGCUGAGCUUGUCUAUGUGGAAAAAUAAAGAUCAGAGAAUUGCUAAUUUUGUAAAAUCAGCUCAUUUAGGAAAAAGAAAAAAGAAAUUGUAUCCAUCAAGCAAGCACACUUCAAAAGUGUGUGAGAAUAUGCUGACAAUAAAGCAUUGUGCCCAAUUUUGACUGCUGUUUCCUUAGGCACAAGCUAGACAUGACACGUCAAAAACAAACCGUCUGCUUUCUGGACUAAAGGUAUCAAGACUAUUGGAGAAGCAUUACAAGGUGCAGUUCAGUAUCAGGUUAUAUUACACAUUUUUACAUUACUCUGUCCUCUGGCCCAUCUUUUCUAGUGUCUUGCAAGCAUGCAGUAUAAAAGUCAAAAUUUCUUUUUUGUUGAAUCUGAUAUGUGUUGCUCAUUUUGUUUUGUUUAUCCCCUUGAAAGCCUUCAGUUUAAAUAAACUAUAUUUUUCAUGUUGAAA